CAGCUUUAGGAUACAUCUGAAAAUCCUGAAGGCAGUAUUAGGCCCUCUUAUGUAAGAAGAGUAUUUACGUCCUUCAGAAUGCCCAACUCCAAUGCUAAAUUUCGUGGUAACCAUAGAGGUGGUCAGGAAGCCGGCAGGAGGGAGCUGGUUUCCAGGUCUUUGCAGAGUGCUCAGCAUUGCUUGGAGGACCAGGAUUUUGGAACUGCAUAUGCUCACUAUCUCCUGGUACUAAAUCUAGCUCCUGAGUUAAAAACUAGUGUCAAAGAAACAUUUCAGUUUACACUCUUUAAAUGGGCAGAAGAACUAGAUUCUCUGGCACGGAUUCAAGAUCUGUUUAACUGUUACGAACAAGCACUUGAACUAUAUCCAAAUGAUGAAGUGAUAUGUAAUAGUAUGGGGGAACAUCUUUUCAGAAUGGGCUUUAGAGAUGAAGCAGCUGGAUAUUUUCAUAAAGCAGUGAAGCUUAACCCAGACUUUGCUGAUGCGAAGGAGAAUUUUUACCGUGUUGCAAACUGGCUUGUGGAACGCUGGCACUUCAUCAUGCUCAACGAUACCAGGAGGAACCUUACUUACCUAAAAGCAAUUGAGAACGCUGUCUGCUCAGGGUGCAAAUCUGUCCUUGAUAUUGGAACAGGAACAGGAAUUUUGAGUAUGUUUGCAAAAAAGGCAGGAGCAUCUUUUGUCUAUGCCUGUGAAUUAUCAAAAACCAUGUAUGAACUUGCCCGUGAUGUGGUGGCAGCAAAUAAUAUGGAAAGAGAGAUCAAACUUCUGCAUUUGAAGUCACUUGAUAUAGAAAUUCCAAAGCACAUACCCGAAAGAGUUUCCUUGGUUGUCACAGAAACAGUUGAUGCUGGUUUAUUUGGAGAAGGAAUUGUGGAGAGCUUGAUACAUGCUUGGGAACAUCUACUUUUACAACCAAAGCCUAAAAAUCAAGAUGUCAGUAUUGGAGAGUAUGGCAGAGUUAUUCCUGCAAGUGCUACAAUAUUUGGGAUGGCAGUGGAAUGCAAAGAGAUACGUAGACAUCACAG